AUGCACCUCGACGCACUGUGGCUCGCCAAGGCCGCGUACGCGACCUUCAAUUUUGGUUUUGGUGCGAUCCUCAUCUUCCUGCCCGUCUACUUCAACGCCUACUUUGACAAAUUCCAAAUCGGUGUUCUCCAGACACUACCUUGCAUUUGCUUGAUGCUCGCUCCGCCACUGUGGGGUGCCAUUUCGGACGCGCUUGAGCACCCCAGGAUCGUCCACGUUGUCUGCUACGUCUCCGGCUCCCUCCUCAUGUUUGGCGUCCAAUAUGUUUCGGACAGCUUUGCUUGGACAUGCGUACUCUUCUUUUUGGCUCAAUUUCAGUCCAAGCCCGCGUGGACGCUCUUGGACCAAGCGGUGCUGGCACUUGUGACGCAGCUUGGGGCCGAGUACGGCAAGCAACGCCUGUAUGGCUCCAUCGGGUACGGCCUCGGCGCGUACGCCACGGGUCUCGUUGUCACCAACUAUGGUAUUGGCUGGGCCUUCACCAUAACGUUCCUUGCGCUCGACCUCUAUGAACUUAGCGGUGGGUCGGCGCACAUCGUCGGUCUCGCAACCGUCUGUGAAACCCUAUCGGAGCUUCCAGCUUUUUACUACGCCGACAAGCUCAUCUAUCGGCUCGGAACCGUCAACGUGCUGGCGAUGGCACUCCUUGCGUACGGUGCACGGCUAGCAUACUAUGCGCUGAUGACGAACGCGUGGUAUGCGCUGCCGUUCGAGCUUCUACACGGCUGCACGUAUGGCCUCGCGUGGGCUGCAAGCACGAAAUACGUAUAUGCAGAGGCGCCAGCCGGCGCGGAAGGUUUUGUACUGGGGCUUCUUAGCGCUGUUCAAGGCGGUGUCGGCCGCGGCCUCGCGACCUUAGUGGGCGGUCACGUCUACAACGCGAACGGUGCGCGCUACUUGUGGGGCAUCACGAGCGCCGGCGUUCCCGUGGCCUUUCUUGCGCUGUGGUUCUUUUCCAAAGCAACCACCACGAGGGGAAGGACCCGCGAAACGAGCCCGCUCAUGGAGCGCAGUGCCUAG